AUGCGAUUACUGGCCAACUGCCACAUUGUCCGCAGAUGCAUGUGUCUGGCCCAACUCCUCCUCUUCCUCCUGUUUCAGCGUGAAGAAGUGGCCAAUGUCACGAAGUUUUUAAAAUUUUAUUUUAUGUCCCAGCUAAGUGGAAUAUUUGCCGUUGUCUCUCUCGUUCAGGUGUCUUCAACGCAAGAAGAAUCUGAGGGCCUGAGGAGAAGAAUGCAUCCUUCCCUGAAUCGUCGAGAAGGUGUAAGCAACAAAUGGGGUCUUAUUGGAUACCAGUUAAAUUUGGUGGAGUUUAGGGUGAUAUGUAGUCUUCUGUGGUUUUCACACGCGGCAGCGACAGAGAUGGGGACAAUUGCCUGA